GGCGGGGAGCGGCUGUCCGUGGUGCUGAUGGGAGGACUGAUGCUCUCCGGCUCCAUGCAGCCGCUACUGCGCAUGUUGCAUGACAGGUACACGCAAGCCUCCAUCUUGGGCAUUCCUAGCUGAGGCGAAAGGGCAGCAGCCUUAUACACACUGACUCCAAAAUAACAACAAACAAGGCGCGGAAAUAAAAAAAAAUUGGCACUUUGCCGAGAUGUAACUUUUUUUUUUUCUAAAACCCAUUCAAGAAAUCGCUUCAGUGAAGACAGCGGGAACAGAAUGGAAAAGAAAGACAGCGACUGGUCUGGAAGGCUGUGUUAACCACUGUUUUCACUCUCAGCUUUACUGGGUCCAGUUUUCUGAAGAACUGACAGGUGACAAAGAAAAACGGCUCAGCGCGCACCAGAAUGGGCAUUAAGAAGCUCGUCAUCUUUCUCCUGGUUCUCUCUCUUUGUCUGGAGGGAGGGUCUGCCAAAGAAAAAGGAACAAAGAAGGGAAAGAAGAAAGGGAAGCAGGUCUACUGUCCUUCACAGCUGUCAUCUGAGGAUCUGGCCCGAGUCCCUGCAAAUUCAACCAGUAACAUCUUGAACAGGUUACUGAUCAGCUAUGAUCCCAGAAUAAGGCCCAACUUCAAAGGAAUUCCUGUGGAAGACAGAGUUAACAUAUUCAUCAACAGCUUUGGCUCCAUCCAAGAAACGACCAUGGACUACAGAGUCAACAUCUUCCUGCGGCAGCGCUGGAACGACCCCAGGCUGAAGCUACCGCAGGACUUCAAGUCUGAUUCUCUCACUGUUGAUCCCAAGAUGUUCAAAUGUCUCUGGAAACCCGACCUGUUCUUCGCGAAUGAAAAGAGUGCCAACUUUCAUGAUGUUACCCAGGAGAACAUUCUCCUCUUCAUCUUUCGUAACGGAGAUGUCCUCAUCAGUAUGAGGUUGUCCGUCACCCUGUCUUGUCCGCUCGACCUGACGUUGUUCCCUAUGGACACACAGAGGUGUAAAAUGCAACUUGAAAGCUUUGGCUACACUACGGACGACCUGCAGUUCAUGUGGCAGACAGGAGACCCAGUGCAAAUGGACGCCAUCGCUCUGCCACAGUUUGAUAUCAGACAAGAGGAUAUUGAUUAUGGGAACUGCACCAAAUACUACGCAGGAACAGGGUACUACACAUGUGUAGAGGUCAUCUUCACCCUAAGGCGACAGGUUGGCUUCUACAUGAUGGGUGUUUAUGCCCCCACGCUGCUCAUCGUAGUUCUCUCCUGGUUGUCCUUCUGGAUAAACCCUGAUGCAAGUGCUGCCAGGGUCCCCUUGGGAAUCCUCUCGGUGCUCUCUCUGUCCUCUGAGUGCACCUCGUUGGCUUCGGAGCUUCCCAAGGUGUCCUACGUCAAGGCCAUCGACAUCUGGCUCAUUGCUUGCCUGCUGUUUGGUUUCGCCUCGCUGGUGGAGUACGCUGUGGUUCAAGUGAUGCUCAACAGCCCGAAGCGCAUCGAGGCCGAGAAGGCCAAGAUAGCAUCUAAGGAGAAGGCUGCGGGAAAGAGCCCCGCUGCCAAAAACAACACGGUCAACGGCACCGGAGGGACGCCGCUUCAUGUCAGCACCUUGCACGUGGCAGAGACGCGCUGCAAGAAGGUGUGCACCUCCAAAUCAGAUCUGCGCACCAAUGACUUCAGCAUCGUGGGCUCGCUCCCGCGGGACUUUGAGCUGUCGAACUUUGACUGCUACGGGAAGCCCAUUGAUACCGGCGCCGCUCUUGGCAAAUCCCAGGCCAAGAACAACAAGAAACCUCCACCUCCGAAACCCGUCAUCCCCUCUGCUGCAAAAAGGGUCGACCUGUAUGCCCGAGCCCUCUUCCCCUUCUCUUUCCUCUUCUUUAAUGUAAUUUACUGGUCCAUAUACUUGUGAUUACCUUGAAAUCAUCUUGUAUUAUUAACCCCCCACCUCGAACCCACGUCACUCCCACAAGUUCUUUAUUGAUCAGCUUACAUUCAAAGCGUUUGAUUCCAAAGCGAAUAUUUAAAAAUGUGAAUCUUGCCCACACAAAACGAGAAGAAAGUAAAACUAUGUAUUAUUAUUAUUACAUUUAUCUUCACAUAAAAAUCUUUCAUCAUUUGUGUAUGAGACAAUUUUAAUUGAAUCUUUCUUCACAUAGAAUGGAUAAAUAGCAUCUUGUAUUGAAAUAUUUAAUUUAUUGAUAAUGGCACUUGAGAGACUAAUACAGGAUUGCAGAUGUAACCGUUGUGAUCAAUGGUGUGUAAACAAAUCCACGAAGACUGAUUGCAUAACGACCAAGCAGAAGAUGCACAGAUCUAUAAAAGAGCAUUUGUAAAUAUCAAUUUGAUUAUUUGCAUGUUAAAAAAAAUUGCAUGUAUAUGAAGAUAGAAUAUAAAUAUAUAUAUAAAGUAUUUAUUAGAUUUCAAUCUUAUGAUUUGCUCUUGAGAAGAUAAGUGGAUAUGUGAAACACUCCUGUUCCUGUCCAGAUGGUCAUGUGACACUGCCACUCCUCCCACAAAUGUUAAUGUUUCACAUCAUCCGACUGUAGCGUGUGUAAAUGGGUCACUUGUGAUGUGACCGUGUGUCUAUGAAAUUUACAAGCAAAGAAAAAUAAAUGAUCAAAUGAUUUUUCACCAUUUGACGUGAUUA